AUGCGGCAGAUACGAAAUUUGAAAGAAGAACAUGAACAGAAGCUGCAUGAUGUGAUUCAGAAUAAAACCAAACAGUUUGACAAAAUGAAGCAUGAGUUUGAAGCAAAAUUAGCUAACCUGGACCAACAGUUACUCAGGUCUGCAACGGAAAAUUCUGCACUCUCAAGGUCUUUGCAGGAGCGUUCUAGUAUGGUGAUACAGCUCAGUGAAGAAAAAGCCCAGGCUAAAUCAGAAAUUGAGAUGUUGAAGAGCAAUAUCGAGUCAUGUGACAGGGAAAUAAAUUCUCUGAAAUAUGAACUCCAAAUUAACUCAAAGGAACUAGAAAUUCAUAUUGAGGAGAAAAAUAUGAGCGUACGGUCUGCAGAAGUUGCAAACAAGCAACACCUGGAGGGAGUGAACAAAGUUGCAAAAUUGGAAGCAGAGUGUCGGAGAUUACGUGGUCUUGUGCGGAAGAAGUUGUCUGGGCCUACAGCCUUGGCCCAGAUGAAGCUUGAGGUUGAGAUUUUGGGUAGAGAUUAUGGGGACAGCCGUGUAAAGAAAUCCCAAGGAGGAAGGCCCAGUUUGCCAGAUUUUUCAUUGGAUAGUGUGCAGAAGUUCCAUAAAGAGAAUAAGCAACUUACAGAACGCCUUUUGGCAAUGGAGGAGGAAACAAAGAUGUUGAAAGAAGCUUUGGCACACCGGAACAGUGAAUUACAGACAUCCAGGAGUAUAUGUACAAAGACGGCCAGCAAGCUUCAAAAUUUGGAAGAACAGCUGCAAGCAAAUGCUGAACAGAAGAGCCGACAAAAGUCCACCAUUCGAACACAGCAUUCUGAGGGUUCCUUUACUCAUGAAACAAAUCACCUUCCAAGAUUGGCUUCCUUGUCCGAGGAUGGAAAUGACAAUAAUGUUAGUUGCUCUAGCUCUUGGACGACAGCAUUAAUGUCUGAACUCUCCCAUGUUCAAAUGGAGAAGAACUUUAACAUUUUUAGUCACCUGGAUCUCAUGGAUGACUUUUUGGAGAUGAAGAAAUUGGCUUAUCAGUCAAGUGACACAAAUGGAACAGUUUUGAUUCCUGAUAAUUCCAAAUAAUGCAAGAACCGAAACUACCUCCAUGCAUGUCACCACAAGCCCAGAUUCUCAGCUGAAAGAACAUAAUGAGCCA